UGCUUGUACUCCAAGUUUCGACCUCCACGUUCAACAAGACCAUAUAAUCCUCGAGCUCGAUCCCCUCCUCAUAGCUACGGCUCGCCAUGGAUUCUUCGUCCCUCUCCAGGCUCUCCGUCCUUCAGAGACACUUGCAGCCUCCUGCGUCGCUCCUUUACAACCAGGGCAAUCACCGCGCCGGCGACAGGUCGAUCAGAGUUUCUCCGGAGGUGUCCGAAGCUCUGUCGGCCGGCAGACCCGUGGUCGCGCUCGAGUCCACCGUGAUUUCUCACGGGAUGCCUUAUCCUAAGAACUUUGAAGUGGCCGCGCAAAUGCAAGCCGUCGUCAGGGAGAACGGAGGCGUUCCUGCUGUGAUCGCUAUCAUAGACGGAGUCCCCCGAAUAGGUCUAAGCAUGGAAGAACUAGAGAAGUUUGCUAAGCUUGGAACAGGGCCUUCAAAGACAGCUCGGAGAGACAUUGCCCAUGUGGUGGCCUCUGGGGGAAAUGGUGCAACUACUAUUUCGGCGACCAUGUUUUUUGCUCAUAAGGUUGGGAUUUCUGUCUUUGCUACUGGAGGAAUAGGUGGAGUGCAUCGUCGUGGCGAGCAUACAAUGGACAUAUCCUCAGAUCUUACAGAGCUUGGGAGGACUUCUGUAGCAGUUGUCGCUGCUGGUGCAAAAUCAAUUUUGGAUAUCCCCAGGACACUUGAGUAUUUGGAGACCCUUGGAGUUUGUGUUGCUGCAUAUGGUACCAAUGAAUUUCCAGCCUUUUUUACCCGAACCAGUGGUUGCAAGGUUCCCUGUCGUGUAGAUUCACCUGAAGAUUGUGCUCGGUUAAUAGAUGCAAAUAGGAAACUUAAACUUGGAAGCGGAACUCUAAUAGCAGUUCCAAUACAGAAUGAACAUGCAGUUUUGGGGAGUUCAAUUGAGGAUGCAAUCCAGAAGGCCAUUAAAGAAGCUAGGGAUAAAAAUUUUACUGGAAGUGCAGAAACUCCUUAUGUGCUCACUAGAGUGAUUGAGCUGACAGGAGGAGCAUCGCUUGCUUCAAACAUCGCACUGUUGAUGAACAAUGCUUUUGUUGGCACUAAGAUCGCUGUGGCCCUUGCACAUCUUGGACAGGAGUGAGGGAAUCUCAGCUCUCUUGCGUUCCGUGAGCACAGGUACUGCUAAUGUUCCAAAUGGCAGCACUGUUUAUCUUUGUUACACAUACUGUUGGAGAAUCUGCUUUGUCAUGUGAAUCUUAAGUCCCAAGUUCCAUAAUCUCGAUUUUUCGCAUGGACAUCACCAGCAGCAAUGCAGUCUGGUUUUCAAAUUGA